AUGAAGAAACGUCCAAAAGAUGGAUUAUUAAUUCUGGUAAGGAAUAUUAAACUAGAAUCCUUAAGUCCUAAAAAAUUAAGAAAGAAGUUCAUAUGCUCUUCUCAUUUCGAAAGGAAUGCCUAUUCCAAUCCCACAGCACCAAAAUCACGACUAAAUCGUAAUGCAGUACCAAACAAAUAUUUAAAUGAGUUAAUAGAUAAUAUUCCAGAAGAAAAGUUAACUACUGAAAAAUCACCUAUAAAUAGGACUUGGCAUGUUUCAAAUCAAAAUACUACCCAAAAUGCCUACAUACAUGUUAACGAAACAAUCAUAACAACACCAAAAAAAUCACACAAUCAUCGUGAAAAAAUAACAGAUAACAUGUUUCAAGAUUCUAAAUCGUUGUUUUCAAUGUCACCUGAAGUGUUAAAAGUGAAAACUCCCGAAAUUAAGUACCCAUCUGUAAUGUCGAAUAGUUUUAACUUAAAUGAUGCAGGAACGUCGAUGUUUAGUCCAUCUCUUUCUAUUACACCAAAUACACGAAAAUAUAUUUCUGAUUUAACUGAAUUACCAUCAAAUGAGAUUUCAAUUAAAAAAGCGAUAGAAUACAACAAAGCUUUAGACAUAAUAGAAGGAUAUGAAGAUCUUGGAACUUUAGGGCGAACUAACAAAAUUGGCUCCUAUGCACUAGUCAUAAUGAUCCGUUGUUUGUACGUAAAUUGGAAAUUUCCAUUAUGUUAUUUUUUCACUGGUAAUGGAAUAAAAGGGGAUAAUUUAACUAACAUACUUAAAGAAUGCGUAAUAAAAUUAUUAGAACUUGGUUUAGUACCUUCUGCUGUAGUCUGCGAUCAAGGAUCACAAAAUAGAAGAAUGUUUUCAUUACUUGGUGCAACACACAAUAACCCAUCAGUAGACAUAAAUGGUCAAAAAUUAUUUUUAAUUUACGAUAUGCCUCAUAUGAUAAAAAGCUUACGAAAUAAUUUAUUAGAUGCUUCUAUUAAAACGUGUGUUUCUACUGGUGAAUUAAAAACUAAAACCGCACUAGACACAGCAAAUUUUAUUGAAAAUGUUAAUGAUAUGUUCGAUUCUGCAAACAGUAAAAAUUUGUAUGACGCAAAUCCAAAUAGACGACCUCUAAGCAAACGUAAUUCUCAAGUCCUUCAAAAUUUAAAAAACUUUUGUAUUCUUUUUGAUAAAGCUGUAAAAAUAAAUUUAAAAAAUAAUAAAGUAACUACACCUCCGUGUUUCAUUGGACUUAAAUGGACAUUAACAGCUAUUAUUGGUCUUUAUGAAUCAGAAAAAAUAAUAAUGAAUCAACAUAUUUCAAAUAAAGAAUACUUUUUAAUGACUAACAAAUUAACACAAGAUCCAUUAGAAAAUAUGUUUUCCAUAAUGCGACAGAAAAACGGCUAUAAUAAGAACCCAACUGCCCGAACAUUUCGUUGCUGUUUUAGUGCGAUUUGUUCUUAUAGUUUAAUGAAAUGUUCUGAAAGUUCUAAUUGUGAAGAAGAUGGUGAAGAAUUUUUUAAUGUGGAUACUCUAAAUGAUGUGCAAAUAACCAGACCUACAUACUCUGAAGAAAUUCAAGAAGACGGUUUAAAUGAUAAUAUAUAUAAUUUAAGUGAUGAUUGUGAGACUGACUCGAAUACUAGUUCUGGUACUAUAGUUAUUAACACCACAAAUGCUAAAAAAUCAUUAGAAAAUUGUGCUGUCAUUUAUUUUGCAGGAUACUUGGCAACAAGAAUAUUUAAAGAAUGUAAAUGGACAAACACAGAGUUACACAAUAAGGCUGUCCAGCAAAUUGCAAAACUAAAAGUGUUUAAACACAAUUAA